AUGUACAUCACCCUUUACUACAUAGUCACCCAGCUCCCAGACUCCCUUCAAUCAGUCAGGGACCACUUCCUCUCUGUUUUCCCCACCACACUCACCAUUGACAUCCUCGAGGAGCGCCUCCUAGCAGCUGAGAAGAGUAUAGUCGCUGUAGGAGCCUCUCGAGGUGACCCUCGUGCCCCUGUCUUUGAGGGGUGCUCCCCCUCCCCCCUUUUGCCCUCUGUUGCCUCUGCUGCUGCCGUCGACUUCGUUGGCACCGAGUCGGUCGGCGCUGCGUCUGCCCCUAGCGGGCGACGCCGCACCGGCAAGGGCAAGGGGGGCAAGGGCGCUGGAGGGGCUGGCGGGGGCGGUGGAGGUGGCGGUGGAGGAGGCGGAGGGAGUGGGGGUGCGCUGUUUCGGCCGCCUGACGCCUGGCGUCUCCAAUUCCCUGACGCCACUGAGAUCCCUCGCUGGGGAGAGCUGCAGAGGUCGGGGGUUGCUAUCUUUGAUCUUGAUUAUGAUGCUAUUCUUGCUGCCAUGUAUGCUGUGUCUACUAGUGAUGAGGGUGACUGUUACCUGUGUGUUCCGCCUGACCCGGGCAUUGAGGCUGCUGCUCUAGGUGCUGGUGAGGCUGCUGCUCGAGGUGCUAGUGCGUCUGCUGCCCCAGGUACUGGUGAGUCUGCUAUCUUAGGUACCACGUCGGCUCAGGCCUUACACACCUUCACCCUUGACUCGGGUGCUUCCCGCUCCUUCUUUCGAGACCGCACCACGUUUACCCGUCGGCCGGGGUCAAUCCUGUACACACUGACUACUGAGUCUCCUCUGGUUGCUGAGUGUGGUCAGGUAGCAGCGUCGAGUCAAGUGUUUCCUGCAGCGUCCCGGUCUAGUCCUGAGUCUGCUCCCUGCUCGUAUCGUCUCCUGUCCCACCAGACUCUCCUCUAG